AUGACUAGUGGGGGAGGUCUGCCACAGCGGAAGCCAGACCUGGACUUCUAUCUGCACCGUGUGUUCCGCAAAAAGUCUUUCCGUCCGCUUCAGCGAGAAGUGAUCACUGCAGCCGUCGAGGGGCAUGAUGUUUUUCUGCAAGCGUCGACUUCGUUUGGGAAAAGCUUGUGCUUUCAGUUGCCUGCUGUAAUUAGCAAUGGGCUAACAAUCGUCAUCUGCCCAUUGCUGGCAUUGAUGACCGAUCAGGUGAAUGCCUUACGAGCCAUUGGUAUCCCGGUCCAGACGAUCAAUUCCAGCACAGCUCUAGCUGAAAGGCGCCUGAUUAUGGCCGAUAUGCUAUCGGGUCAUCCUCGCACGCGCCUACUUUAUGUGACGCCCGAGUUAUGUCAGACUGACAGCUUCCGUCGCAAUCUCUCCAUCGUGCAUCAGCAGGGUCAGUUGACCCGAGUUGCUAUUGACGAAGCUCAUUGUAUCAGUGAAUGGGGCCACGAUUUUCGCCCGGCAUACCAAGAGUUGAGUUGGUUCAGAAAGAACCUAGACAAUCCACCGGUUCCCAUCACCGCGGUCACGGCAACUGCAACACCACGAGUUCGUGCGGACAUCAUCAAUGUCUUGGGUCUCAGCUUUGCCAGGCUGAAGCUCUUUAAUACUCCGUCGGCACGCCCCAAUAUCCACUACGAAGUACGUUAUCUGGCCAACUAUGAUGAGGACGACGAUUUCUCGCCUGAAGAUAUUCGCGUGGAUGACUUGCUGGCAUGGCUGAAGACUGUCAAAAGUCGUCAAGAAGCUCGCCUCGGCGGGCAGGCUUCAGCUUCACGAACCCCCAUGUCCGGAAUUGUCUAUGUUGGUCUGCGUGCAACCUCUGAAGAGCUCGCCCACAGACUAGAUUCCGAUGAGUCCAUAUCAGCGGUAGCAUAUCAUGCAGGUCUCAAACCCCAAGACCGCGUGCGCAUCCAAGCGAUGUGGACUGCGCCCCGGGUCCAAGUACAAAGGAAUGGCGGCAAACCACCUCCCACCUUCUCGAUAAUAGUAGCCACCAAUGCAUUCGGCAUGGGCAUCGACAAUCCGCACGUCCGAUUCGUGGUCCAUUGGACGCCGCCUCGCAGCUUUGAGGGAUUUGUGCAGGAAUCAGGCCGAGCAGGUCGCGACGGUCGGGCAGCAGCCUCAAUCGUCUACUACAAUACCCAAGAACGAGACCGCAUCGCCGAUCGUCUCAGCCGAGAUGCAGAGAAUGUGCGCAACCGAGGUGGCUCAAAGGCCUUUGUCGCCGGACUUCUGAAGAAUCAAAUGGCUCGGCGCGAAAGCUACGAGAAAGUGGUGCGCUACUGCGAGUCAGUCAGCAAAUGUCGCCAUGCUCUUAUCAAGGAUCUAUUUGGAGACUACGAGCUAGAAGAAAUGGGAUCUCAACAGCCCUUGCCAGCCUACGGGGGUGGCAAGACUCAAGGGCUCGAUCAUACUACUUCCCCUUGCGACUUUGCUUGUGACUUUUGCAAGGAUGGACCUUCGGCUCUGGCACGACGGAAGAGUAAGAUGGAUGUUGGCCAGGCGCUUUAUGAGUUCAUGGUUGAUAUGUCAAUGGAUUAUUGA